UGUCAAGCCAAUAUGGCGGAUGCUUAAGUAAAGAAGAAAUGAGACAACUUUUUCGCCGAUUUUCAUCAUAUAUUGCCAUGAGUGCCUAUGAAGUCAAACACAAUGUGAAGGGUCAGGAAUUUUACAUUGCUUUAGAGAAAGGUUUGUGAAUCCCUAGGAAGUGUAUACCAUACUCUCUUGGUAUUUGUGCCUUUUGCCUAAACAUGCAGGCCGUCCUACUAAAGCUUAAUUUCCUUAUAUCUGUCGAAAAUAUAUAUGAAUAAAUAAAUAAAUAAAUAAAUGAAGAAAGAGAGAGAUACAUAUGAUCACAAGUUUAUCUAACCCAUGAUGUGUUGCCUAAAACAUUCAUCAUUAGCCAAAAUUUCAACCCCUAAGCUGUAGGCCCAUCCCAGGCUGAUUUGUUCUUGUAUACAUACAUAUGUAUACAGAACCUCACCCCCGCCCCAGCCUUUAUCGCACCCCAUGAUUACGGACUUGGUUGCGCCAAAAAUCUGAAGUGUAGGUUUUGAAAUGUUUGUAAUUUUUGUCAGGAAUACUUGGCGUAUUGAACCAUUUCUUUGGCAUAUGCAUAAGAUGCACCCGCGCGCAUGGAGCAGAAAAAUUGUGGAAAAUUCCCAACUCCUUAUUGAAUUAAAGAACAAUCCACACAGUUUUGUCGGAAAGGCCCUUGAAAGACUAUUGGUGAAAAUUGAUUUUUACCCUUUACUAUUAAUGGCACAGGUGUUCAAAACUGUCUUCAGUCUUAACAAAAAUAGCGAGACAUCGUCAAGGAAAAUGUCGCCACAUAUCGUAAAUGCCCCUGGGAGCAAAGGUUUUUGGUAAAGAACUGACAUAUUUCACAUAAAAUUGUUAUAAAUAUCUGUCAAUCCCCUAGGUUUCCUUGAGGUUAGACCUAGGAGGAGCCCUGUGAUGGAAAAAUGCAAAAUUUUUUUAAACCUAUUUUUAUUAACAAUUCAUGUUCAAGAACCCCUCUUCCACCACCCCUCUUUAAAUGCUUUAUUAUCUUUUACAUGCACUUAGGUAAGGCUGUGCUACAGUAUGAAAAUGAAGGAAAUAAUACCAUGAAUAUGUACCACACAAUGGUACCAUCUGAGUACAGAGGAAAAGGCAUUGCUGGGCACCUUGCCAAGGUCAGUGGUUGCUAAUUAAUAAGCGGAAAUUUAUUUUUAAGUUACCAGUUCAAAUAAGACUUCUAGAAUCUGGUACAGGUUCGAUUUGAACCUCAGGACUGGCAAGGGUUGAAGUCUGCUCACAAGUAAAGUGGUUCCCCCUCUCCUCUCACUAGCACUUAAUCUGGUUUCCAUGGCAUGAAGGGGUACAGCAAGAGUUAACCCUUUAACUCCCAUGAGUGACCAAGACAGAAUUUCUCCUUACUAUAUCUAUACAAUAUCAUGCAGGCAAGUGAUGAGAUUAAAAGGAAAAUAUCAAUUAUGAGAUUACUAAUUGAUUCAAUACCAAAUUCUCCAAACUAACAUGAUGAGAAUCGCUUGGUAGACAGUAAGGAGAAUUACCAAUGAGAUCUUGGGAGUUAAAGGGUUAAGGGUCUUGCCUGUGAACCCAUUUUGAUAUGAGUCCUGGUCAUGGCUGUAGUCUAGUACAGUGGUUGCUAAUACCCCCUGCAUCUUUCAUUAAUGAACAGACUUGAUGUUUUGCCUUUGCAUUCUUCUUUUGAAUUUGCAUUUGACUGGUCUUGAAGAGUAAGGUAGCCCAUGUUUAAGCAUUUACAUUUAAAAGUCAAACAGCUUCUUCUAGCCAUAUACCGGUAAUUAUUGAUUCCACUCAGCUGAGUUCCUGGUCUCAUUCCCAGCUCUUCUUAAAAGUGUCCCACAGCAUUAUGUGACAUCCUAAAGAAUAGCUACAAAGGAGACCACUUAGGCCAACAAAUUGCAUAUUUUUAAACCUUCAAUUUCAGUUUGAAGGCAUGUCGCAGUGAUUAUAUUUUACAUGCAACUUUGAAAUAGGAUUUACUUUUAUUUCUUUUUAUAUUUUCCAUUAGGCAGCAUUUGAUUAUGUAGUGGGUGAAGAUUUCAAGAUGAGGCUAACAUGCACAUAUUUGCAGAAAUAUGUAAAAGACAACCCAUUACCUGAGUAUACAUCGCGUGUUGUUUGA